AUGGUAGCUCCAUACGGUGAUGCAGAAGUCACUCGACGAUACAUCUCUGUGUACACAGCAAUAGUCAAAAGCGACUAUGAUGCUAUACAGUAUUGGCCUUUUGCACUUCCAAUAACAUUCACUCUAAUGGCAGCGGAUCCCAGAAAGAAUUUAGAGAAGGUAUUCGUUCCAAAUCCUACGCCAGAAAAUGAGGCAUUUCUGGGAAGACCCAAAGGCGCUCGCAAUGCUGCCUUUGGAAUUCAGCGUUUUUGCGAGUUGAUGGAGUUGGAUAAUUACACUAUUCGAAAUGACUUAUUUAUUGGCGUCUUUGUGGACUUGAGCACGCUGCAACAUGCUCGGCGAGUGCCCUCCGAUCAACUUACAAAAGUUGGAUAG